AUGACAUUUUCAAGACUAUCAUCAACUUUAAACGCUACUUUUAAUCGUGGCGGACUUUUACUUUCCCGUUCUUUUCGACAAGAUAUCAUUCGUCCAAUAAUUAUUAAUCGUGCUUUGUCUUCUAGUAAAAUAUCAUUAAAUGCAAUACCAACAGCAUAUGAAGCAGAUAAAGAUUAUUACGCAUUGAAGGUUACGAUUGAUGACAUUAGAGCAAAAUAUGGAUUAGGGGGUAAUCGUAUCAAAGACGCAAACCUUGAACAAAAUUCUGAUUUAGACUUGGAAAUUGAUUUAACCUUGGCUGAUGUCAAAAAGUUGGCUAAAAUCCAACAAUUAUUAUCAAAAGCUUCAAAGGACUUGUCUUCCUUAAUUUCUAGUUCUUCCGAAAAUUUUGAAGGAAUUAGUGAUGAUGAUAUCGUUAUAAAAGCCAACGCGAAAAGGUCUGUUUGGUUAGCCGAAGAUGAUGAUGUUUCCGGUUAUGCCGAAAAGGCUAUAAAAGCUUAUAAAGAGAACAAAGUUAUUGGAGAUGCUAAUGCCUACGAUUUGGAUGAUGGUAAAACCGAGAGCAACCCUGCUGGUUUUAGACAAGAUUUAUAUAGUUAA